AUGGUGGAACAAAAAGCUUCAUGUAUUACUAUAAAAAAUAUACAAUACAGUGUCAAUGUUAAAACAAAACCAUGUUGUGGUCAAACCACAGAGAAAUCCAUUUUAAAAAACAUCAAUGGCAUAUUUCGUCCUGGCAUGAAUGCCAUUCUUGGACCAACAGGCAGUGGAAAAUCUUCAGCUCUUGAUGUGUUAGCAGGACGUAAAGAUCCAGCUGGGUUAAAAGGUGAACUGUUAAUAGAUGGAGGUCCACCACCUGAUAAUUUUAAAUGUAUGGUUGGCUAUGUUGUUCAGGAUGAUGUAGUAAUGGGUACACUUACAGUCCGAGAGAAUUUUGCCUUUUCUGCCAGUUUACGAUUACCAAAAACAGUAACAAAGCAAGAAAGAGAUGAACGAAUUGAUCAAGUCAUACAAGAAUUAGGAUUAAGUGAAUGUGCUGACACAAAGGUUGGUAAUGAAUUUAUACGUGGUGUGUCUGGUGGAGAGAGAAAACGAUGUAAUAUUGGUAUGGAAUUAAUUAUCUCCCCUCCUGUUUUAUUUCUUGAUGAACCAACUACUGGUCUUGAUGCCAGUACAGCUAAUGCUGUCAUGUUACUACUGAAAAGGUACUCAUUAAAAGGAAGAACAAUAAUAUUUUCUAUUCAUCAACCACGUUUUUCUAUAUAUAGACUAUUUGAUAGUUUGAUGUUAUUAUCAUCAGGAGAAGUUGUAUAUCAUGGUCCAUCUGCUGAUGCUCUAGAUUACUUUAAAUCCAUAGGUUAUGAAUGUGAAGAACAUAAUAAUCCUCCUGAUUUUUUCCUGGAUAUAAUCAAUGGAGACUCUUCAGCUACUCUAUUUCAACCCAUAUUAAAAACUCAAGAAAAUAUUAAAAAGAGACUCGCUAUAGAACCUUCACCCCAUAAAGAUCCACCGAUUGAAUAUGGUGGUAUUAAGACAUUAGACGAUAUAAACGAUAUAAAACAAAUCAAUCCUAUACAUCAACAAUAUAAACGUAAUGUAGAAAAUGAUGCUGUUGUUAAACAACCUGCUAUAUCCUAUGCAACAUCUUUUGCUUGGCAGCUUCUUGUUGUUUCUCUAAGAACUGGAAGAAACUUGUUCAGAAAUCCACAAAGUUCCAUUUUACAGAUUUUUGUUAUGAUUAUAUUUGCUGUUAUUGUUGGUGCUGUUUAUUGGCAAAUUGAUGAUUCAAGUACUUCGGGAGUACAAAACAGAGUUGGUGCAUUUUUCUUCAUCAUUAUGAAUCAAGUAUUUGGUAAUUUAUCUGCUAUAGAGUUGUUUAUUAAAGAGAGAUCUAUAUUUAUACAUGAGAAUGUCAGUGGUUUUUAUCGAGUAUCAGCCUAUUUUCUGGCCAAAGUUUUCUGUGAUGUGAUACCAAUGAGGUUAAUUCCAGUCAUUGUCUUUUCAUCUAUUGUGUAUUGGAUGGUCGGUAAGUCACCUGCUUAUAUGUUGUUUUUUUUCUUCAUGUUAGAUUUAUUUUUAACCACUCUGUCAGCAUCAAGUUUAGCUUUUGCUAUUAGUGCCAGUGUUAGGAUGAUGGCCAUAGCUAAUUUACUGAUUGCUCUUUGUUUUGUUUUUAUGAUGUUGUUCAGUGGUUUAUUAGUUAAUCUAAAUUCUAUGGCAGAUUGGUUAAGCUGGUUAAAAUGGGGCAGUAUAUUUAAAUACAGUUUAGAUGCGUUGAGUAUCAAUGAGUUAAAAGAUAAACAAUUUUGUGACAUGAACAAUGGGACAAGUACUUGCAUUUCUGGAAACGACUAUUUAACACAACAAGGAAUAGAAUUUGAUUCAACUUGGUUGCUAUGGAGAUCACAGGUGGCUCUUUUUGCUAUUAGUGUCAUAUUUUUAUUCUUAGGGUACCUCAAAUUACUGUUUCUUUACAAGUUACGUUAA